GGAGCAUCUCCUCCGGUGAGUGUCGUUGCGGGCAGGUCUAUGUACCUUCCACAAUCACACCUCAGCAGCACUGGUAAUGGAUCGCAAGAAUGGUACGAAGAUACCACCAGCAUCCGCAUCGUCGUCGGUGCGUCGAAAACUGCCCGUCAAAACAAGCGUCCCUUCCGUUCCACCACAGCAGCUGCCGACCACGGCCAUUCAGCAGGAGACGAGAAUGGGCAAAGUCGCUUGCACGGCAAAGAUGGAAACUUCGGUGCAGCCUACAUUCGCCUCCGUACAUCGUCCUCGGCAGAUAAGUGCAGUGGCUGGCAUCAAACGAACCGGUUCCCAGUCCAGAGCGGAUCUAAUUCUUCACCACCGGCAGCAAGAGCAGCAGCAGCAGCAUCAAAAAUAUGCCGGCGGUCUUCUCUAUCGACAAGAUUGCAUCGCCGGAUCGGAGAUAGUUGACUCAAUGAACGAAAACAAUGCCGGAAUAUUUAAUCAACCGGGCGCAGCUGUACUGCCGCUGCCCGUUCAAAUACCUGAUCCCUAUGCUAAUUCCGCUCCGUUCCACGGGCGCCUCCAACAGCAGCAGGUUAGCAAGGUCCAGACUCAGCAGCAGCCGCUUGACAUGUCUCUAUCACAAAAGGCUGAUUAUCAUCAACAAAACAAUCCGUGGCACAUUGCCAAUCAGAAACACUCGCCAGCCGUGACCAAUCAGACGAGCUGCACGACAGUGACUCGACUGCCAAAACAGUCAACGCAGCUUCAGCUCUGCAAAAUGUCGCCCAAAAUGCUGAACGAAAUCUACGAGAGGCACUUGUUGAACCAAACCGUGUUCGACGAUGUUGGAUCGGGGACCGUACAGGCGCCACCGGGGACUAAUCGGGAGAACAGACGCUUCGUCAUCACAAAACCACCAACGCCGGUAACCAAUCAGCGGCAACAGCAGACCCAUAAAUUGUCCAAAGGGGACGGGGGCGAAAAUUUAUACGAAUCGAUUCACAGCAAUUAUCAUAUCUACGAAAAAAUCGAAGCCACCAACAAACGAGGCUCGCGGCUCGAACAGUACGUAAAGCCUCCGCCACCGCUUCAACCUAGGCCCAGAUCACUUCCGGUAGGAGCAACCUUGUGUCCAAGCCAGAACCAAAUUACAGCCCCAAAAAGUAUGAACCAGCGACACUCGACCUCCAUUCCCUACAAGCUGACCAGCCCGGAUGUCCUGCGGGCGAUGAAAAGUCCCAUCGCGGAAAGCCUAUCGCCCAUCGCGGAAAAACCUAGCGGCUCGGCAAUUCCCGUGUACGGUACCGGUGGCGGUCAUAAAUUACUCAUUACUGCGGACAAGAUCAACAUCGCCCUAGAGACGGCAAAGGCACUGGCCACGGCAGCAUACAUCGAGAGAGCUGCGCAACGCCUAGCUUCGGGCAGUGUGAUCCAACAUCAGCAGCAGCAGCAACAUCACCAGACCCAGCAUUCGAACACAAAAAUGAGUGGCACCGGUGCGGGCGGUGUUGCUGCCGUCAGCGGUGGAAUCGUGGGCGGUGAAAUUGGUGGCUUUUGUGGUGCAAUACAGCGGACGUCUCCGUCGGUGCCGGCCGGAUUGGCUCGAAGGAUGGCCAACCGGGAGAUCGGGGGACUCGGCAAGGUCAAAGUAAUGCUCCGUGUUUCGGAUGACCCUCCAAAACCGGCUGGACAGUCGGAAGAGUCUAAGCCUACCAGCAGCAGCAGCAGCAAUCCCAGCUACCUGACGGUGGACAAGAAGAAACGCCAGGUGACGCUGUGUGAAACGCAAACAAACCUCGCCGGCAGCACUGCGGCGACCCAAGAACGAGGCCCCAUGGUAUCGGCGCCGAAAAUGUUUGCAUUCGAUGCAUUAUUUACGACCGAGGAUUCGCAGCAUGAUAUUUGCGGGAGUGCGCUAUCGGAGGUGAUACCGGCUGUGCUGGAAGGUUCGGAUGGGUGUUUACUGUCGUUAGGAUAUCCGGGAGCAGGACAAUCACGCACCAUGUUCGGAACGUUGGCAUCACCCCCGUCGGACCUCGGGGCCAUUCCGUGCGCCAUCGCCUGGCUGUACAAGGGAAUUAAUGAGAAACGUCAGAAAUCAGGUGCGAGAUUCUCCGUCCGUGUCAGCGCGCUCGGUGUGAACGCAACCAAACCGGGGUCAUCGUCUAGGGAUUUGCUCGCCGGCCAUGCGACAGAAUCCGAUGACUCACCGGGUAUGUAUUUGCGAGACGACUUCCUCGGCCGACCCACGGAACUGCGGGCCCCGACAGCGGAACGGGCAGCGCUUUUCCUAGAUCUGGCUCUAUCGGGUCGAGCACAGAGCAGCAGCAGUAACUUAGAGCCGGCACUAAUUUAUACCCUGCACGUCUACCAGUACAGUUUGUCCGGCAAACGGGGCGUGGAAGGUGGCCGCAGCCGGUUACAUCUAAUCGACCUCGGAGGGUGUGCCAAUCGAAGUGGAGGGCUGCCGCUGUCUGGCAUCGGUAAUGUACUGUUGGCUAUUCUCAGCGGUCAGAAACAUCCACCGAACAGGGAUCACCCUUUGACGCCACUGCUGCGGGACUGUCUGGCGCCACUAACCUGUCAUGUGGCAAUUGUUGCUCAUGUAGCCCACUCACAGGUUCACAGCGAUACUUUAACCACAAUCCAAUUAGCGUCUCGCAUUCAUCGAAUGCGAAGACGAAAACCCAGGCACCAUCUAUUUGGCGACCGAGGUGCAGGACUAAACGGAUCAUCUGGUCAACAGACUGGGAGCUCCUCAGAGGGUCCCGAUCCGUCCAGUUCGGACUUUUCUCAGGACACAGUAAUCUAUAUGGGCCCAUGUGACGAAGCGACCGAUGGCGAGCAUCCUCCCGUCUACUUGCCAAGUCUAAACUCCGGCGACAAUCGAUGUGCCAUGAACAAAGCACUGAAAGGUUCAGCUGCCGAAAAACCGACCCCGACUGUAACAGCUUCACCCCAGAAAAAGAAAACUGCCUCCACUCUCAAGCCUCAAAAUCCUGCCCCAGCACCGAUCCCUACACGCACCGACAGUCUAAAGCGGAAUCAACCCUACGGUCAGCAGUCCGUAGCCGGUUCGGAACUGGUAGCUAGUGCGAUCCAAAUCGCUGCCCAGCACGCAUCGCCUAAAGUAGUUGCUGGAGCCUUUAAGCAUAUGACCGGCGUCAGUAAAGGCUCCAACAUACCUACACCGAAAGGAUCACCGCUGAGACGACCAAACCCGUCAACGGCAACAUCGUCACCCGCUGCCAGGGAAAGUCCAUCCCGACAGGUCAGCGAAGAAAAGUGGAUCGAUGGUCCGCGAAUGUCCAAAUCCAAAGUUCACGAAGCUCGGCAUCUGUUGAGGGAGAUCAACCAUGUCAAGAAUCAUGAAACAUGGGUUGAUGGUCCGAAAACGGCAAGUGCGACACAAGUGUUUCUUCCACCAGCAGCACACACCAACCAAGCCUACGGGUUCAUGGAUAACCACAAGAAAUCCAUGAUCCGACAGUGGGUCGAAAAUCAAUCGAUACAGCUACUGCACCAAUCCAUGUCCGCAAACAACUCACCCGCCCACAGUAGACACCAGAGCUACAAUCCACCGAAGUUCAGACCAAGUAAAUCCGACGAAGAUGGUUUCGUGCUGGAACUGGAACGAAAUGAUGAGCUUGUCAAUCCGAUUGCCUUCCGGGGAUUCACCGCAACCAGUGGUGGACUGAACAGUUCCGAGAGUCAUGUACGCACAGGUCUCAAGCAAGCCUACAGCUUAGACAAUCCGGAGACUCUACCAAUAACGUACAGUACGGCCGCAACGACCGUCAUGACAACGGCAACUGCGACUAAUACAACCGCUCCGGCAGUAAACGACAACCAAUCUGAGAGAUCACAUCCACCAUCAUCGCGGGCUAGUGACAAACCACCCAGUAAACACGGCGACAGCCAGGAGGAAGAAGACCAAGACAGUGGACCUUCGGAAGUUCCACCUGCACUUCCGUUGAUGGAUCCACUCGGUUCGAGGGAAAUUUCCCACGAGAGUAUCCAUCGCCUGUGUUCAAGGCAUGUGUCAAGGGAUAAUAUGAGCGUUCACAGUAGCCACAAUAGCCACAAUGCGGGAAUGAUGGACUGUGGGCUGCAGGUCACCGAGGACGAUAUCGCCAGGACUAUGGGAGGGGAACAUCCUCUGAGCGCUCUUAGCCACGGGGAACUAUCGGUAGUAUCUAGCUUCAAUGUCGGCGGAGAUGUAUUCAGCGAUUGUGUAAUUGGAGAUAGCAUGCGGAACCAAUUCGACCAGCUUGCUAGGUUACGGGAGAUUUUCACCUCUCAGCUAGCAAUGGCCGAAGUAACGCCGGCCUUUCGACUCGGGGACGCUGGAAGUGUCUACAGCGAACCGGCAUAUCGCUUCAACACUGGCGCUGCUAGUGUAUGCAGUGAGCCAGCUUACCGUCCGCCAAGUCCCCGAUGUCGUGACUGUCGGCAAUCGCUGAAUCUUUCGCGGACACCCAGCCAAAACUCGUUGCCAAGUUUAACGGGGAUCGUGGCCAUAGCCGGAAUGGAGCAGUAUGCUUCGCUGCGACACCCGGACGGUGCUUCGGAUCCCAAUUUGCCAAAACUUGAAAAGAACACCGAAGAACUGCUCGAUCCGGAAGAGCACAUCCGGGAAAAUCCUCUCGCUGAAAUCGAUGACCAGGAAAUCCUGAAAGGAGGCAGCACUUCCAUGUUGGCACAGCAAAACCUUCCAACGCUGCCUCUGCUUCCACUGUCCACUCCGGAGGCAUACGAUAGUGGUCAUGACUCCACACCCCGAACUUCUAAGCAUUCUGGUAUCUCCCGAAGGGCGGAAAGCGGAUAUCACAGUGUGGGAACCGUUCGGGAUAGUGAUGAGUCCAGCUUCGGUUCGGCUGCAUCCCGAGCGAACCAGAAAUCCAAGAAACGAAAUCGAAACGAUAAAUCACUGUGCCACUGGUUACGGAAUCCGUUCAACUGCACCUACCCGGACACGGAGGGUGACGUGAGUGAUUUUUAGGGACACGUGUAAUGUACACCUUUGCUUAGCAGUAGCUUAAUUUGUUUUGCAGUUCUCACAGGAAGUUGGUUACGCGACUAUCUCCUGAGUUAGCGUUGUCUGUUGUACCAAAAAUAGCCUAGGAAAUCGUCUAGCGAGAAACACCCGGAAGACAAUAAACUGAAUCGCACCCAUUCUUUUUUUUCUGCCUGUUUCCAAGUUGUAAGAAGCUGUUCCAAAAUGGCGAAUGCCUGUGCUAUUAUUGCAUCCGCAACAUCAUUACCUGUUUCGAUGUCAGAGAAGUUUUUGAGUUUGUCAAUCGAUGGUGCAUUUACUAUUUGUACAGUAGAGAAUUUUAUAAACUAUUGGCUAUUUCGACCGGAUAAUAAUAGGGAACUGUAACCGCCUACUCGCAGUGUCGCGUCGCCUCGUUGCUAUUGUUUGUACUUUACCUAUGUAUACAGCUGAAAUCUACAUAAAUACAUGUGCUGACCCAAACCUUGCUACCUAAUUAUUCGGAAUAUGAUCGUUUGUUCUCCAUUCUCUAUUCAUCAAUCUGUGUGUUCAUUCUGUUCGGCUUUUGCGUGUGGAAGGUGUAAUUCCGAAAAAAUGGGAACAGUCCAUUAAUUAACGUGAACAAAAUUGCCAUGGAUACCAUUUCAUGCGAAAUUGAUGGACCUACUUGUUAGGUUAGUUCAACAUUCCUACCCGAGACCAGUUUUAAACAAAAAAAGAACAAAAGCGUCGGAAGUAUUAUAAAAUAAUUGCAUUGAAUACCGAGUGAAACAAUGGAUUGGAAAGGGUCAUUUGUUCGAUUGGAAUAGCACUGACAAAUUAAUCAUUGUUUCAAUUUUGACAGUGUUUAUUAUUAUCCGAAAAUAAAAGGAACGAAAUGACUUCGGUUUUGAUUUUAUAUUGGAUUCCUUUAAUAUUUCAUUUGGUAUUGAUUUGCUAUUCAAAACAUGUCUACAAUUUUUAAAAGUAUCGUAACUGCGAAUGAGAGCCUCUCUUUAAUUAUUUUCAAUCCGAUUAACAACUCGAUCUUUUCAAUUUUUGCCUUUUAAGUGUUCGUGUAGUAGGCUAGCCAAAGCUAUACUCAAUCAAUGUAUACAUGGAUUAUUUUCGAGAAGUUCUAUAACGGCAUUGUAACAAUCGGAAGAAAUUGUUAUACAAGAUGCUUUUUAUGCGAUUGCGUUAUUUUCAAAACUCAUGGUAGAUUUAAUCGACAAUAAUGUCGACUUUAAUAACAGUGCUAAUAUAAAUUGACACCGAAAAAAUCGGACACAAAUUGUUUCUGUAGAGUAACAUUCUUAUUUCUAUUAUAUUUUAGGUACGAAAUAACUUCCUGCCUUUGAUCAAUAACAGAAUUUCAUUUCAGUUUAAAACUCUUCUCGUACAAAGCUCCCGAGUUCUUCUAGAAGAUGCCCUUUAUAACAAGAGACAAAAAGUUAUCAACCAGGGAUACCAGGUAUAUUUUUCAAAUGUCCGCAUUUCAUUAAAUUUGUCUUCAACGGCCAGAAUUCUGAAUCGGUUAUUGAUUUUUAGCCAGAAUUUUGCAAGAAAUCAGUCAGAGAACCGAAAAAAAUUGUCUUCAAAACACUUCUUCACAACAUUUCAAAUGUAUUUAAAAUGAAGACAAAUUUUCAAAUCUGGCAUCUCUAUUAUCAACCGAUGAUGUUACACUGAAAAUAAUCGAAACGAUAAAACCAUAUGCAAUUAAAUAUCACUUUCAUGUGCGCUUACAUGUUAAAAAGUAAAAGAAAUCAUUUUGCUUUGAAUUUCACAUGAAAAUCCAUUAAUUAAGCAUUUCAUGUGGUGUUUCAAAUAAAAUUGAAACAAAUUCCACGUCAAUACGACAUAUUUAUCCAUUGAAUGUUCAUUCAACUCAAUAGCAUAGUCGUAAAGUAUGAACUUUCCACAUCGUCGCUGUUGUGCUAUCUUAUGACACACGCCAUUUUGGGGUAAACUGAGUUAGAUAUGCCACAUUACUCGUCUAACGAAUCUCUGCAAGAUGGCGUUUCCAGUAUUUUAAAAUUUUGGUUGGUUACUGAAAUAUAGCGAGAAAAAUGAUUAGAAAUUGUGUUUUUUUGCUUCAAAUCAUUAUAUCUUGGGAUUGGCUCAAGUUAUAAUAAAUUUUUAGUUGCUUUUAUGUGUAAAAAUGUCGUAGGAACACAAUGGCAUAAUAAUUUUCAAAAGAAAAAUACAUUUAUUGUGAGAAAAACGCAGUUUUAGCUUUAAACUGGAAAUAUUGCCUAUGAGGCAACACUGUAACCAAAAACAACUAUUUUUUCUAGAUUUUCUGACUUAUUUCUUUCAAAAUGCAUCUAACCGAUUGUUUAUAGACCAAAUUAAACCAAAGAUAUGAAUAACAGUUCAUAAUUGGGUUUUUUCUAAGGAAAAUUUUCCAUGCACGAUUAUGACACGUCAUACAAAUUUUUUCGUCAAUACACACCUAUGACAUGUGUGAGUGCGACUUUUGUUAACAUUUUUAGUGAAAACUCGCAACAUAGUCAACCCAUCUUCGUAAUAUUUGAGAGAUUAAUACAGAAUAGGUAGAAGCAUCAAUUGUCUUCUCUAAAUUGUUUCUACCAUUUCUAAGUUUCAUGAUAUUCAAUCUCAAACUUUAAAAAUCGUUUUUCUCGAAAUGUGCCAAAUGGCGCUUGUCAUAAGAGAACAAAACGGCGUCGACAUGACUUUCGCAAGAAAAACAUGUAGUGCAUUUCUACAUGUAAAACAAUUGAAUUCACCGAUUGUUCUGCCAAUUAAAACUAUAAUUAUAAAACAAUGUGAUAUUGACGUGUAAUUUAUUUGAAUAUUUUAGUCAAUGGUAUUUCUUAUCACGUUGAUAUGCUUUUCACACCAUGUCUGCAUGAAUUUCAUUUGAAAACCAUAUUUCCCACACUCGAAUGGAUAUUCAAGUGGCAAUCGUAUACAUUUAAUGUGUUUGUGGAUUGAAAUAAUUCAAUAGAUUUCCACAUGAUGUUAACUUGUUAAGUUUUUUUCAGUGUAGUAGAUUCAGAUGGUAACGCCUAGUGUUGCCAUCAAUACUGUCUUGAUAUGAUCCGUUUGCUAUGUUCGUUGAUGUGGUUAUGUGUUGCGCUACUGGGUCUAGUUCAGUGUUUUUAAACGGGGAUAAAUUCAACCCCAGAGGUGAGUUUGACUACUGCAGAUGGUGAAUUAUGCCGGGUAAAUUUCGGCUUGUUAUCCUAAUAAUAUAUAUUAUCGGUAAAUAAUGAUCCACCCUGUGCAUUCUUCUAUAUAGGGGAACUGUGUCUAAGACGGUCACACUAAGGUUCAACUAAAAACAGCUUGGAAAAGCGACCAUUUUGGAAAACGAAAAAAGCAGUUUUUCCUCACACCGAUGGGAAAAUUUUCACGAGAAAAUUCAAUGUAUUCGGGGUUUUGGUAGAAUACUGAUUUAUUUUUAUGAAGAUUUUUCCAACUGUGCACAGUGUUUCUAAAUAGGCAAAAACGGGAUCGAAAUUGUUUUGACCACAAAAAAAUGAUUUUCGAGAUACAGUCUUCAGCAAAGUUUGUCUAUAGAAAAUUCCCCAUCUCAUUAAAGUAUUAAUUUGGUGAUUAAUCCCUCUAAAGCUGAGAAGCAAAUUUUUGUUUGGUCGUUUAUGAAAAUAAUAAAAAACUAUUCAGCAAAGUUGUGGGAAAUGAAAUAAGAAAAAACUUAUGUAUGUAUCUAUCUUUUUAUUUUAAUGCACAUUUGUGGAGUUUUCUAUGAUGCACCCCUGAAAAUCACUUAUUUCAAAAUAACUUUCCUGUGUGAUUUCUUAGAAUUUUAAAAUGUCCUAAGAUUUUUUCGGCAUAAAAAACACAUUUUUGUUAUACAAAUUUAUUUCUAUCUCUUAUAU